AUGAAACUUCUGCUGAUCGUUUCCGUGCUCCUAGUGGUGGUGUGCAUCGGCACCGAAGCACAGAACUGCAAAAAAUUAAAAUGCCCCAAGAAUGAGCUAUCGAGCUGUUGCGCGGAUUGUCCGCAGAGGUACUGCAACCAAGCAGAUGUCAAGGUCAAGUGCCCUGCCACGUGCAAGCCCGGUUGCAUCUGCCGAGCCGGUUACGUGCGCAACAACAAAACGAAUAUGUGUGUUCCGAUCGAAUCAUGCCCGAAAACACCGUGA